AUGUCAUCGGACGGGGAAAGCGAUUCGGUGUCAGACCGUGAAUAUUUUGUUUUAUUUUUGGAGUAUUACAAAGAAUGUAGAUGCUUAUGGGACACUUCGGCAGCAGAUUACUCAAAUAGAGACUUGAGAACUAAGUCCUAUGAAAGACUUUUAAAAGUUUUCAAACAAGUUAGAGAUUCCAUGAAAACUGGCUCGGGAAUUCAAGAUAUUUACUGUCCAAAGCUUUGGUACUACGAAUAUCUUACAUUUCUUGAUGAAAAAGAUCUUUCACAAAGAACUGGUCAGGAUAGCUUGGAUGAUGGUGCUGGCAGUAGUGGAAGUAUUACUGGAAAUGAAACACAAAACGAUGGUUUCGCAGUUCCACCCACUAAAAUAAAGAAAAAAAAACAGGACCUCUAUACGAAGCAGUCUCAAAUUCUAGAUCAGGCUCAAAAAAUAUUAACAGGUAGUGAAGAUAAUGACUGGGAAGUAAUCGGGAAAUCAAUUGGACUUCAACUCAAAGUUCUAACUGAAGAACAAUCAGCCAUUGCGCAAAAAAUAAUAUCAGAUGCUCUCUUUUAUGCCAAAAUGAAAAAACUAACAAUAAAUUCUCAAAUAACUUUGGAACCUACAUAUCUACCCUCUCCAUCUCCACAACCACACUUACCGCACAAGUCACCAUCCCAUCAGUACACAAUCACUCCAUCACCUUCUCCGUCUCCACAACCGCACCAGUCAUCAUCCCAUCGGUACACAAUCACUUCAUCACCUUCUCCAUCUCCAAAACCACACCAGUCAUCAUCCCGUCGGUACACAAUCACUCCAUCACCUUCUCCAUGUCCACAACCUUACCAGUCAUCAUCCCGUCGGUACACAAUCACUCUAUCACCUUCUCCAUCUCCACAACCGCACCAGUCAUCAUCCCAUUGGUACACAAUCAUUCCAUCAUCCUCUCAUUCUUCACAGGCGCACCAUCCAUCUUCCACAAUGCAAUCAUACACUUCUUCAUAUCAAACAUCGACAUUUACUUGUAGUGAUUCAGACCAUAUUUCUUCAAAUUCAUUGCCAUUGUGUAAUGCAACAGAAACAGUUCUUAACGAAGAAUGUACAUAUUCUUUGGAACCUCCAGUAAUUAGCAUUCCAUCACCGCUCCAUUCCUCAACAUCCAAUUACAUGCAGGGAGCUUUAAAAGACUUUAUUAUUUUUACUAAAAAAUAA